AUGCCACGGGGUUUUUUGGUUAAGCGAAGGAAAAAGAGCGGUCCUGCCAUCUCCUACCGAGUGCGAGAAGACCAUUCCCUGACGCAAGAGGUACAGACGUCCGUCAGUGUCUCGGCCAUACCUCUCACUACGGACAAGACACAGAGCAGCGCCGAAGCGUGUGUGUACAGAAGUGUACAGAAUCGGGUCAAUUUCGGCGGGAUGCCCGAAGCACAGUGCGCUCCGUCCCUCAGCCCGAACCGGCCAGUCAGCACAGAGUACCCCCAGCACUAUCCAUCGGAAGACUGCCUAGACCGAAAGCUUAACUCCAGCUCUCCCAUUCAAGCCGAAUCAUUUCCUGAGCAGGGCUUCACCAGCAGCGGUUCGCCACGGACAUUCAUCCCCUCUUUGGCUGAAAUGACCACCAAACUGGGCUCUCUGUGUGGCGAGUCAGCGUCUGUCGCUGUAAAGCGACAGACCUCCUCGAACACCAAAGCCAAGCAGACGAAUCCAAAAAAGCACAAGCCGUCGGGCGCAACUCCGGGAGAGAAAAGACAGACGUACCGGGAUGAGGUCAGUACAUCGCCGGUUCUUGGACUGCGCAUCAACGUGAGCCCAGAUGAGGACGCCAAGCCCCGGUCCAACAGCCCGCUGGGAGAGUUCAUUUGUCAGCUCUGCAAGGAGCGAUACUCGGACCCCCUGACCUUAGCGCAGCACAAGUGUUCCCGAAUCGUUCGGGUCGAGUACCGGUGCACCGAGUGCGAUAAAGUCUUCAGCUGUCCGGCCAACUUAGCCUCCCAUCGGCGCUGGCACAAGCCAAAGGCGGCAGACCCCAACAGCAGCUCUCCAGAACGCGAGGACGCACAGUCGAACACGCUCCCUCUCAGCCAUAGUCAAACCUUCAACACGCGGGAAGCAAGCACACCUUCCCCGCAUCUCUCCGACUCAGGGUCCGAAGAGGAGAUGACGUUCGACUGCCCACAAUGUUGUAAGAAAUUCAGACGGCAAGCCUACCUGAGGAAACACCUGGCGCUGCACAACAGGCAGGCGGCGGGUUUACAGCAGAAUAACACACAUUCCUCGGCUAAGAAGGCGAGACAAGACUCACUUGAGUGUGGCCCACUCUUCCUCGGGAGGGCCUCGCCAGUUACGGCGUCUGCUGGGGUCGGCGAGGUGUACCCAUGUCGCUUUUGCGGGGAGAAUUUCUUCUCCUCGCCUGGGCUGACGAGACACAUCAACAAAUGUCACCCAACGGAAACCAGGCAGGUCAUUCUACUGUCUCAGACGAUUUGACAACGGCAAAAAACACUCAGGGUUACCAAAAUUAGAGUGAAGACGUUCUAAUGCUUGACCAUGCCUUCUUCGAAAAGUGUGACCACGGCUUUAC